CAAGACGACUACCUAUCACGACAGAAUAAAUCUCCUCGCGCUUAUACUUAUAACAAAGCUGGCUCAAAGCUUUACAAUCACCGAGUUGCUAUCACCCAGUCUUGUACCCAGCUCGCGCCGUCAAUCGGGAAACGCCUGGCUUUUUCUGCUGGAGCCAUCUUUUUUGUUCUCUCCUUGCUUUCGUGACUUCGUCUUUAGAUUUAAAAAAAAGGUUGAUUUUUACACCAACGAAGCUUCAAAAUGAGACGAAGAUAUGAAAACGAUCCCAAAGAACAUGAUGAUACUAAGCGGGAGCGAAGGGAGGAAGCAGCGAAAACGGAACCGGAUAAAACAUUAGCGGUUACUCCAAUAGAUUCGUAUCGAUCGAGUUUCCCGUACUUUCUUCAACCAUCAGAAAUUGGUCACUUUUCCUUGGAUGUAGAUAGGAAAUUUCACGAUGACAGUCAUCAGUUGAAGUAUUUUGACCCCCCUGAUAAGAUCUCCUUCGAUCUAAGCGAAGGAUAUAAAGAGUUCAAAGCGAAAGACGAAGAUGUGAAAGAGGGACUAGGUCAUUUGCUAGAGUGGAUUAGUGCUCACAGAGAGAAAUUUGCACUACCGGGUGAAGAGAGGGUAGAGAAUGGACAAGCCGCAGAUGCCAGACCAGCAACGAAGAGUUUGAACACCGACUUUGUGACAUGGAGGGGCGAUCUCACCAAGCUGCUCUGCACUCCAUACGAGACCAAAGAGCCCUGGCAAAUGGCUGCAACCCAAUUCAAGGGCACUAUAUACUUCACUGAUGUAGAAACUGAGGAGGCAAAGGUUUGUCGAAGGAACAUGGACGAGCGACAUAAAAAAAUGUGUUACUGGGGGCAUAAAUUUGAAACAUAUGUCACAAAGCUUGUGUCUGAACGAGGCAAGAGGGAAACAGUGAUGGGAGCAUCGACAUCUACUGCGUCAACAUCAGAGGGUGGCGCUUCAGCUAAGCCUGUCAAUAAUUCAGAAGCUUAUGUGUCGGUGGUCAGAUCAAGACUGGAGAGUCAUUCCCUGGUGUUUGGUGCCGAGAUAGACUGCUGCACUAAGGAAACAGAAGAAUCGCCAGGAAAUUACAUCGAGCUCAAGACGUCUCAUGCUCCACAGAAUCACCAACAGCACUUGUCUUUCAAUCGCUACAAGCUACUCAAAUGGUGGGCACAGUCUUACCUGGCAGGAGUGCCAAAAAUCAUUGCUGGUUUCCGUCAUGAUUACGGUCAUGUGGAUAAACUCGAAACUUACAACACCCUGGAAAUACCCCAUCUCCUUGAAAACCAACGAAACAUGUGGGAUUCAACCAUCUGCUUCAACUUCCUGGAAAAGUUUCUAUGCUGGUUGCGCUCUGUGGUGGUGUUGGACGACCCAAAUAGAGUUUACCUUUUCUCAUUCAGUUCUCCAUUCAAACAAGUGGAAUACCAGGGAUUUACAAAUGGGGAGGAUAAGCUUUUGCCAGAGUGGUAUAUUAAGGUGAUAGAUGGUAAUACUUGUAAUAAGUAAUAGUGCAGGGGAAUAUAAGACCCCACCCUGCACGUGCAGAGAUAAGAAACUAUGUGGGUAACUAGGCAAUGGAAUAAUUUGACUGCGUCAGUAAUUAAAAAGGUAAUUAAUUUUCAUUGUAUAUUCUUAUAAAAAAGAUUCUAGAUGGA